AUGAGUGGCAGCAAUCAGAGUGGAGAGUGGCUGACCCAGAGCGUGAAAAUAAAACAAGAUUCAAGCUCUCAAGACCACAAAUUUCUCUCGGUCACUUUAUCGAUCAAUCCGUUCAGUGCUGUUGUGACCCUGAUCCUGCCCAGCGCAUUAAUAAUGCUGGCUGACCUGGUGAGCUUUGCUCUGCCAGUUCAAGGAGGCGAACGCAACAACCUUAAGGUCACCUUGGUCCUGAGCUUUACCAUGUUCCUAAUCAUCCUCAAUGAUCACCUGUCCAGUGGCACAAGCUGUAGCCCUCUCCUCCAUUACCACUUCUGCUUCUGUCUGGUCAGUCUGGUGCUGAGCAUGGUGACAUCGAUGGUCUUGACACGUUUGACAUCAGACGACAGCAUUCUGCCUUGUAAAUGCUCAAAGAUCAUCAAAACACAAAACGCCAAUCUGGGCCAGCGCAAAGCGGACGCUGACGUGAUUGCAACAACAACCACCGAUUUGGCUUCAGAGGCGGCUUCCUCCAAAAAAAUUGCGCAAUAUUUUGAGCAUAUGGAUCAAAAGGAACAAGCGUAA